CAAAACGAGAACUCGAGAACCAUAUUUGGUUCCCAUUACCAAAGAACGCUUUGUAAACGUCAAUUUACACAAACUCGGAUGAACCACUCAGCAAAACACUCAUAACUCCUCCGAUUCGUCGACAGCUCGGAAGGAGGACGUUUCAGCCUUACGUGGACAUUUCCUACACGAGGGGAUUAUUACCGAAAGAGGCAGUGGGCGCCCGAACUACACGUGUGUUUCAAAGUAAUGUCGGCGGUAGACGAGAAUCGGUCAGUGGGGAGGGUGAAUGGGGGCGGUUUUGGCGGAGGCGUUUGUGUGGUGUGGUUUGGAAGGGAGUGGAACGGGCGGCUGGGAGGUUCUGCUUCUCUAACUACAUUCAUCGUGGAGUAUCAUAUUUUUCGUUGCAUCGUUUUAUGUUUCUGGAAGAAGUCAGUCACGAUGAUAGCACAUUCGGCCUCAGCUUCCAUUGGAAGCAGCCAUUCUAACGGAACGGCUUUCUCCAAAUCAUGGGGCGCUACACAUCAUUUCCUGAGCGAAGAAGAACUCGAAUAUAUGGGUUUGAUACAAGACCAGAUCCAACCAUUCUUUCCAGAGUUUGCCGCAGCCGUUGCGAAUCAAACGGCUGUUGAUAGGGAGCGUGGAAGAUGCGCUCUGGUCGAUCUAAGCAUCGAAGAUGAAGUCCAUACCGCGAAGUUUGCGAGUUCAGAAGAACUUGACCGCUGCCUUUGGAAGGCGUCGACAAGAACCUCUCCAGAUGCUCGACCACAGAAACGACUUUUCAUAUUGGAAGAUCUACCAUGUCAUCACAUCCUCGCCCUUGGUUCAAGAUUACGCAUUCCACCGACUUUUUUCGCGAGUCAGUGGGACGACCCGGCGUCAUCGACAUUUAAUCAUCGUAGCCCUUUUCGGCGAUAUUCCAAGGCGCAAUUCUGUUUGCGGUACGCGACGUCCCACCGAGUCGAAGUCGACGCACCGAACCACGCGAACAGUAGCAUAUAUGCGUUCAAUGCAAACGUAUGUCGGUAUCUCCACACGUAUAGUCGAAAUGGGCUAUUGUACGAUGAGGCGAGGAGUCACCACACGAUGUCGUUCUGGAGCUCGCCAGUGAGGCCGGAUGGAUCGUGGGAUGCCGUGUUGCUUGUCGACCCUCCGCUCGUAGAUUACGUUCAGUGUCUACCUUCGAGACAGAUAUUUCCGCUCCGGCCACGACUUCGAGAUGAGAAGUCGAUGCCGAAACACUUCCUGAAUCCGGAGAUGAAUCCGCUUGAUCAACUUCCGGAGAAUUCGGCACAGUGGGAGAGGAGUUACGUGCUUCCUGGGUACACAUCCCUGUUCGAUGAUACCAUCCAGAUGAUGGAAAGCGAGAUGUUCAAGAACGGACAUGAUAUCAUACAUCCGAUCGAUGUCGUGACAAUACCUCGCAAAUGGAUUAUCUCAACCCUGACGUCGUUCAUGCGACGGCGUUACCUAAAUCUGAUCAGCAUCCAAAAGAGCUCCCUGAAACACGAAUUCCUCUCAAGCUUCUCGGAGGGCAGCUUAUCAAGUUGGAACAAUGAGUUCUUCAACUUCAUCGUCGGCAGCUGCGCGGCCAUGAAGCAGUUCUCCCACGAGUUGUCUGACAACAUGAUUGCAGUCGGCGUAGACACUCCCGCAGCAAUCCUAGAGAACAAUCCACCGCGAUGGGAGAUCGACGGCUGGAGAUCUAUUCAAGACCUCACUCGCGCGGUGGACGGGAUGGCGAAUGCACUUGCUACGGGAUACCUAAACCGCUGCACGAUUCAGGAGGCUCGCGUGUCCAAUGGCAAUGCCCAGAGCCUAUCGAGAAUCACUGUUCUGACGAUGUUGUUCAUACCACUUUCAACGGUUGCGAGCAUUUUCUCAAUGGGCGGGGAUUUCUUGCCAGGACAACAGAGGGCUUGGGUGUUCUGGGUCGUUUCGUUCCCUGUGUUAGCACUGCUGGCGUACUUGUAUUGGCAGCAGCAGCUCAAAUGUCAGAUUAAUUAUUCACCAAGACCUGGUUCAAGUUGA